UUUUCCGAGCAGCAAGUGAAGGCAUCACAAGGCAAGCCGCACAUUCGCCAGAGGCGGCGACUUCAACCUCCCUUCUUCCCGCAAACUUCAACAUUUCAACAAGUAUUGAUCCUUCUUCCUGCCAACGCGGCUGUUUUCUAUUUUCGCCUUUAUUUGGAACACUUUUUUUUACAGAAUGACAAGUUAACUUGAGGUCGUGUUGCUUUUUUCCCCCCCUACAGCAACAGUUGUGGCAGUUCAUAAUAUAGACACGUUAGCUUCAUGCUAACUACAGCGGAAAGUACUUUGUCUUUAGUUGUUGCAAUUACUUGAUGUGGUGAACUUUAUUUUAAGAUUAAAAAACCUCCACGACGAGGAAGUUACACGCUUUCCACGCUUUUCUGUCUGGCCGUGGAAUCAGAGACACUUCUACAAUAUUCAACGUUGGACACCACUUAUAGCUAUAUAUUUGUACCAAGGUGCUGAAUGGCCUCGGUGGUUGUAGCGGUGAAAACUGAGAAACGACCUGCGGCUGACACACAGGAUGCAGACCCCAACGCCAAGAAGCCCAGGAAGCUGCUGCCCAGCCUGAAGACAAAGCAUGCCCCGGAGCUGGUCUUGGUGAUUGGCACCGGGAUAAGCUCGGCAGUAGCCCCCCAGGUCCCUGCUCUCCGCUCCUGGAAAGGCCUUAUCCAGGCCUUGCUCGAUGCUGCCUAUGACUUUGACUUACUUGAAGAAGAGGAGAGUCGGCGCUUCCAAAAGCACAUGCAGGAGGAUAAAAAUCUGGUGCAUGUGGCGCAUGACCUCAUUCAGAAACUAUCACCGAGAACAGGCAACGUGCGCUCCACAUUCUUCAAGGAUUGUCUCUACGAGGUGUUUGACGACUUGGAGUGCAAGAUGGAGCACGCCGGCAAGCACCUACUGCGCUCGGUGCUGCAGUUAAUGGAGAGCGGCUCGCUGGUCCUCACCACCAACUUUGACAACUUACUAGAGAUCUACGCCACGCACCAGGGCACCACGCUGGAGUCUUUGGACCUGACUGAUGAGAAGAAGGUGUUGGAGUGGGCUCAGGAGAAGCGAAGGUUAAGCGUGCUACACAUUCACGGUGUUUACACUAACCCGUGCGGUAUUGUACUGCACCCUGCUGGUUACCAGAAUGUACUGAGGAACACUGAGGUCAUGCGCGAGAUCCAAAAGCUAUAUGAGACCAAAUCGUUUGUUUUCCUGGGCUGCGGGCGCACCGUGGACGACACGACCUUCCAGGCUCUGUUCCUCGAGGCCGUCAAGCACAAGUCGGACCUGGAGCACUUCAUGCUGGUGCGGCGCGAGGACGUCGGCGAGUUCAAGAAGCUGCGCGACAACAUGCUGGACAAGGGCAUCAAAGUCAUUUCCUACGGGGACGAGUACGCGGAUCUGCCCGAGUACUUGGAGCGGCUGGCCAACGAGAUCUGCUUACGGGACGUUUCAACCAACGGCUGGGGGUGUACCUCACAAAACGGUGGCGAGCAGCAGAACGGGUUUACCACUCAGAAAAACCUCCUUCAAGCUGACUUUGCGUUCUAGCACACGUGGAAGUGGGCUUCACGGUUCAAAACUGAUUUUGUUUUAAUGUUUACUCCACUUUCUCUUUUUGCCACAGACCUUUAUUCUUGACAGUCGGGAUCAGUGUCAGACAUUUCCCUCUGACAGGGGAUCAGUCUACUGGAAGCAUAGUUGCUGGUUUUGUGGAACAUGUCUUUUUUGUUGUUUUUUUUACUUAUUUAAAAGGGAAAUUCAGUAGAAGUACAGAAUGAUAUUGAUCAGGUGAGUCGUCACAUUGUGUAGAAAGAGGCAUGUGGAUGAUUCAGUACAUGAAUUUGCCUGCCACACCUGUUCUCCCAUGGUUAUGUGACUGGGUACUCAUGCGUUCUUCAAGCUGGGUCCUGCCUGCCACACACGUGCACAGCACAACUUGUACAGUGUGGAGGAUCGGCCUCGUAAAUUAUGUCACGACGACACAUUUGCAACACGUUACACAAUCUACUGCAGGGCACUUCCCUGCAAGUAGCAACCCUAUUUGCCACUCAUUAACAUUUUUUUUUGUAUUUCAAAAUUCUUGCAUGUGUUUGUGGUAUAGUAUUUAUACGUACUAUUUUCAAAAAUAAAGCUUUUGGUAUCCCA